AUGCGGCUACUCCGCUCCGCGUCUAGCGCGGCCUGUGCACUCUUGCUGGGAGCGUCCAGCGUGCAGGCCCUAGAGGUCGACCUUACCAGUGCUGAAUCGAUCAAACAAGCAGCAAGCACACUCGCUUAUGGCAUGGUGAAGUACUACACGGGCAACAACACAGGCGACGUGCCCGGCAACCUACCGGCCCCUUACUACUGGUGGGAGGCUGGCGCAAUGUUCGGAGCCCUCAUAGACUACUGGUACUACACCGGCGACACAACCUACAACGAGAUCACCACACAAGCCAUGCUCCACCAGGUCGGACCGAAUGUCGACUACAUGCCUCCCAAUCAGUCCCGUACGUUGGGCAACGAUGAUCAAGCUUUCUGGGGCAUGGCCGCUUUGUCUGCUGCCGAAGCCAAAUUCCCAAACCCCCCGGAGGAUGAGCCGCAAUGGCUCGAGCUUGCCAUGGCAGUCUUCAAUACGCAGGCGCCGCGCUGGGACAAUCAGACGUGCGGGGGUGGGCUGAAGUGGCAGAUCUUCACGUUCAACAACGGAUACAACUACAAGAAUACGAUUUCCAACGGAUGUUUCUUCAACAUGGCCGCGCGACUAGCAAGAUAUACUGGCAACACGACAUACUCGGACUGGGCGGAGCGGAUGUGGGACUGGACGGCCACCAUUGGCUUGAUGAGCCCGCAGUACUAUUUCUAUGACGGCACCGAUGACACUAUCAACUGCACAGAGGUCAAUCACAUCCAGUGGAGUUACAAUGCUGGAGUGUAUCUCUACGGCGCGGCGGUCAUGUGGAAUAUUACCCAGGAGGAGAAAUGGCGUGUCCGCACCCAAGGCAUUCUCGACGGUAUAGAGCCUAUAUUCUUCCACCCCGAGGUGGAAAACGUGAUGUUCGAAGUCGCCUGCGAGCCCAACGGCAAAUGUAACGUCGACCAAAAAUCCUUCAAAGCCUACCUCUCGCGCUGGAUGGCUGCGUCCACGAAAGUCGCGCCCUGGUGCCACGACUGGGUCAUGAACAAGCUACGGAUUUCCGCAACAGCAGCGGCCAGGAUCUGCACCGGCGGCCCCGACGGGAAACAGUGCGGCUUGAAAUGGUACACUGGCGAGUUCGAUGGCAAUCUGGGCGUCGGGGAGCAGAUGAGCGUGCUGGAGGUUGUGCAGAGCAAUCUUAUCGACCUGGUUGAGGGGCCGGUCACCAAUACGACCGGAGGUAUUUCGAAGGGAGACUAUACAGCGGGCAGCCAGAGCGAUUCAACGCCGUUGACGUUUGACACGAUCACGACGGGUGACAAGGUGGGCGCGGGUUUCUUGACGGCAAUUGUCUUGCUUGGCAUCGUCGGUGGCGCUUGGUGGAUGGUUGCAUAG